UGAGGCACCCGCCGGCCCGGAAGGGGCUGAUGCGAACUGGGGCCACGGCAGCCAUCGCGCUUUGCAGUUAGGUCUCCUGGUGUACGGCCAACGCCAAGCAGGGGAUUGCGUUCUCUCCAGUCGCAGACCCUAUCAGAUUUGGAUAUGUCCUUCAUAUUUGAUUGGAUUUACAGUGGUUUCAGCAGUGUGCUACAGUUUUUAGGAUUAUAUAAGAAAACUGGUAAAUUGGUAUUUCUUGGAUUGGAUAAUGCAGGAAAAACAACAUUGCUACACAUGCUAAAAGAUGACAGACUUGGACAACAUGUCCCAACAUUACAUCCCACUUCAGAAGAACUGACCAUUGCUGGCAUGACAUUUACAACUUUUGAUCUGGGUGGACAUGUUCAAGCUCGAAGAGUGUGGAAAAACUACCUUCCUGCUAUCAAUGGCAUUGUAUUUCUGGUGGAUUGUGCAGACCAUGAAAGGCUGUUAGAGUCAAAAGAAGAACUUGAUUCACUAAUGACAGAUGAAACCAUUGCUAAUGUGCCUAUACUGAUUCUUGGGAAUAAGAUCGACAGACCUGAAGCCAUCAGUGAAGAGAGGUUGCGAGAGAUGUUUGGUUUAUAUGGUCAGACAACAGGAAAGGGGAGUGUAUCUCUGAAAGAACUGAAUGCCCGACCCUUAGAAGUUUUCAUGUGUAGUGUGCUCAAAAGACAAGGUUACGGAGAAGGCUUCCGCUGGAUGGCACAGUACAUUGAUUAACACAUACCCACAUUGGUUCCACGUGUCAACGUUCAGGCUUACUCAGAGAUUUGAUUGCUCAACAUGCAUAACUUGAAUUCAAUAGACUUUUGCUGGUUAUAAAACAGAUGUUUUUAAGAUUAUUAAUAUUAUAUCAACUUAAUUUGAGUGAGAAUUGAAAACUGAUUCAAGUAAGUUUGAAUAUCACGAUGUUAGCUUUCUAAUUCCAUAAAAGUAAUUGGUUUUUACAGUUUAUAAUCUGACAUCACCCCAGCGCCAUUUGUAAAGAGCAACUUUCCAGCAGUACAUUUGAAGCACUUUUUAACAACAUGAAACUAUAAAUAUAAACCAUAUUUAAAAGCUCAUCAUGUUAAAUUUUUUAUGUACUUUUUUGGAACUAGUUUUUAAAUUUUAGAUUAUAUGUCCACCUAUCUUAAGUGUACAGUUAAUAAUUAGCUUAUUCAAUGAUUGCAUGAUGCCUUACAGUUUUCAAUAACAUUUUUUCUUAUGCAAACGUCAUGCAAUAAAACAAACUCUAAUGUUUGGCAUCCUUGUUGGGCAAAUGUUUCAUUUAAAGGUGUCUUAUCUAGCUAGUAUACUCUGAAAAUUUGAGCAUUUAAUAUUAGGCAUAUGAGGUGGUUGUUGGGAAAGGAGAUUCCUUCAGAAUAUUUAGAAUAGCAUUUAAGCCUUCAAGGCUUAUGUAUUUACCAUGAGAUGGUUGUGGUCAGUUGCACCUGAUACCAUGUAUCCCUGAAUCAUGUGUUUUUUUAUUAGUAAUGCUGCCACUACCAUUGCUGAUGGGGUCUGUGUCCUAGUCCCUGUGGGAUUGGCUUUCUGAAGAAAAGCACAUUUAUGGUAUACAAGGUUGAUUCUCAGUUUGGUAGGCUCUGUAGUUCCAUCCCAGCUGUCUAAUUCUGAAGUGCUGCAAUCUUAUUGGUGCCCAAUGGGGUAAUCUGUGCCUCUUCCCCAAAAGCAAUGACAGGCGCCACUCUCUCCACAUUUAGAUAUAUUCCCAGUCUCUUUACAUUUAACGGUACUCCCUGGAGCAAGCAAUAAGUAGGACCUUGUGUGCAGUUUCAUUGUAGAGACAUGUAUAUCUGAGGAAUAAAACAGCUUGUUUUGUGUCA